AUGUACAUUUGGGUGUCCCGGGAAGUUCAAGGUAAGGAGGAUGACUGCUUACUCUGCCUGCUGUGGAUUAUUCUACCGUGCUUUUUUGGCGUCUGCAUCCGAGAAUAUGCGGUUCCUUUUGUUCCUUCUCCUCCUGGCUCUUGCCUUCGCCUUUGCGGCCUUCGGUCACCACCACCAUCACCAUCACGGGCACUGGGGCUACUGGGGCUGAUCUUACGGAAGGCGAGCAUUCUACCCCAACAACAAGGACAACGACAUCGGGACAACAAGAUGCUUCCUCUCUUCUUCACGCCUGUGGUUUUGGGUUAUUUUGUGGCACGCGAUUCGUGUCAAUAAAGAGAAUAUCGCUGCUGCUGUGUUUACUAGACUAUUACCUGUCGUUUUAAUAAAAUUUGAAGAAAAUACCUAAUUUGGAUGUAGAAUACUUUCUAUGCAAUCAUACUGAGAGCUGAAAUUAUUAAAGAUAUCAUAUAG